GUAGAAUUUUAUAUUCUGAGCUCUCUUAAGGUUCUGGGCCCCCUUGAGGUGAUCCAAGCCCUUAUCCUGACUGGUGUCAGUCCCAGGCCUCCUUUCUCAGAACACAACCUCAAGGGCAAGCAGCUCCACCUGGUCCUAGUUCCCUGAGGGUAGAGAUUCUUUCCCUAGUUGACCUCCAGCUUUAGACAGGUAUUUUCUAAUUAGCAGAGAUUAAGCAAGGUUUACAUUUGUUUUUUCCCACCAUCUUGAGAAACUGACCUCAGUUCUGUCCUUUUCGCAAUUACCCAGGCUUCCCAAACAGUGGUGAGUGGCUGGUAAAAGGGAUUCUCCUCCUUGCUAACUUCCCCUCUGCAGAGAAUCUUGUGAUAAGCUAGUCCUUAAGAGGAGUAUUGCAUACCCUGCUGGUGUAUUGGGGCAGAUAAAAGAGCAAACCUGCCCUCACCAGUUUUCCCUUGUUUGGUUUCAGCCAUUUUAAAUCUAUUAGAGAAAAUUUCAAAUAUAAAGAGAAGUAACAAGAUAUAUGUAAUGAACCCUCAUUCAACUUAAGUUAUCAACUCAUGGCCAGUUUCUUAUCAACAUGAUCUGUGUUCAAAAUCCAAGAGUCCUGUGGUUUGUUUUUUUGUUUUUUGUUUUUUUUUUGCAACUUGCAUCAGGAUCUAAACAAGGUCCGUUGUGGUCAGUGAAUGCUUUUUAAAUCAUAUAAACCACAGGUUCCCUGUCAGCUCUUGCAGUGUUGUUGAAGAAAGCAUAGUUUGUAGUCCUCCGCCCCCCCAAAAUUCCUCUUUCCCUCUAUUGCCUAUAAAAUGGUUGUUAGCUCUAGGAGCUUAACUUUUAAACUUCAAAUAGCAGGACUGAUCCUUCGCAAUGGCAAAGGAUGAAGGAUCUUAGGUGAAAAUUUUAGAGCCAGGUUGGAAGAAUAUUCACAUUAAAUGUAAAGCAGCAUCAUUUGAGGAAAAUAGUUUUAACUUCUGAGGAAAUUAGAGGAAGUAGCUUUUUACAGUCAUUUACUGAGCUUCCUGAUGCAGAGCAGUACGCUUUGGGUGUAGGUAGGGAAUAAAUACCAUUGAAUUUGCACAGCCUUUUGUCGAUCUGGUUUUCUUGCCCUUUGGUGGAGAGAGAGCUUGGGCCCUGUGGUGAGGUUAGGACCGAGUGAAAAUAAUUCGCGUAGUACUGCUGAGCUGUCAGGUGAGAGAACGGAGUGCUGGUCCUGGGCGGGCUGGCCACCGGGCUGAUACCAGAAGCCCGUAGGACCUGGGGACCGGAACAAAACCUGUGGGCUGGACAUUACUGUGCAGGGACUUCUGAAAGCUCGGGGACGAGUGAGUCAGCAAACCUCUCGGUGGGCUCCAAAAUGGACCCGGCUGGGCGCGCUGCGGUAGACGCGCCUCAGGGGAACGCAGAGACUCGGGCGAGGACCGCGUACAUUAUCAACCCCUCGUCUGUCAGAAGGUUCCCUCCCACCGGACCAUCAGUGUCUCGAGUCCAGAUAAACCGCGAGCUUCCCUGCACCCUACCCCGCCGCCUCCCGUAGCUCCACCUCCCAGAAGGCAGCGAGAACCGCACAUGUGGCUAAUUUUUCAGUGGAAACGGCGUUGCGCAAGCGCAGAGAGAGCAGUUCUAGCGUAGACUCUGAGCGGCGCUUGCGCACGGUUCCUCCAUCCCAGAUCACCUAGUCCACCGGAUUCCGAGUGCUCUGCGCUUUUCUUACGUCACUACUAGGCAUGCGCUUUGGGAGGAGGGGUGAGCUUUUUGGGAGACCGGCCGGAGGCGGGUCUUGGCUGAGGUCUAACGGCGCCUGCGCGGACGGGAGCCCUACUGGAACAUGGCGACUUGCGCUGAAAUCCUGCGGAGCGAGUUCCCUGAAAUUGACGGACAGGUCUUCGACUACGUGACGGGCGUCUUGCACAGCGGCAGCGCGGACUUCGAGUCUGUGGAUGACCUGGUGGAAGCAGUGGGGGAACUGUUGCAGGAGGUGUCCGGGGACAGCAAGGAUGACGCGGGCAUCAGGGCUGUGUGCCAGCGCAUGUACAACACUCUGCGCCUGGCUGAGCCACAGACCCAGGGAAACAGCCAGGUGCUACUAGACGCCCCCAUCCAGUUGUCAAAGAUAACAGAAAACUACGACUGUGGCACCAAACUUCCAGGACUGCUAAAGAGGGAACAGUCCUCGACAGUGAAUGCAAAGAAGCUAGAGAAGGCUGAGGCUCGACUGAAGGCAAAGCAGGAGAAGCGCUCAGAGAAGGACACACUCAAGACCAGCAGCCCUCUAGUCUUGGAGGAGGCAUCAGCCAGCCAGGCAGGCAGCAGAAAGGAGAGUCGGUUGGAAUCAUCUGGCAAGAACAAAUCCUAUGAUGUUCGAAUUGAGAACUUUGAUGUGUCUUUUGGCGAUAGGGUACUGUUGGCUGGAGCAGAUGUGAACCUGGCAUGGGGCCGCCGCUAUGGACUGGUGGGCCGAAAUGGGCUGGGGAAGACAACACUCCUGAAGAUGUUGGCCACUCGGAGCCUGCGGGUUCCAGCCCACAUUUCCCUGCUGCACGUGGAGCAGGAGGUUGCUGGAGAUGACACCCCUGCCCUUCAGAGUGUGCUAGAGAGUGACACCGUGAGAGAGGACCUUCUGCGGAGGGAGCGGGAGCUCAGCGCCCAGAUUGCCACUGGCAGGGCUGAGGGCUCAGAAGCUGCACAGUUGGCAGAAAUAUAUGCCAAACUGGAGGAGAUUGAGGCCGACAAGGCACCUGCCAGGGCAUCAGUCAUUCUUGCUGGGCUUGGCUUUACCCCUAAAAUGCAGCAGCAGCCCACCCGGGAGUUCUCAGGUGGUUGGAGGAUGAGACUGGCCCUGGCCCGGGCCCUGUUUGCUAGGCCAGAUCUUCUGCUGUUGGAUGAACCCACAAACAUGCUGGAUGUAAGGGCCAUCCUGUGGCUGGAGAAUUACCUGCAAACAUGGCCCUCUACAAUCCUGGUUGUCUCCCAUGACCGCAACUUCCUGAAUGCCAUAGCCACAGACAUCAUCCACCUGCAUAGCCAGCGGCUAGAUGGCUACCGGGGAGACUUUGAGACCUUCAUCAAGAGCAAGCAAGAGCGGCUGCUCAACCAGCAGCGUGAAUAUGAGGCACAACAGCAGUAUCGCCAGCAUAUCCAGGUUUUCAUUGACCGAUUUCGCUACAACGCCAACAGAGCUUCUCAAGUGCAGAGUAAACUCAAGAUGCUGGAGAAGCUACCGGAGCUGAAACCUGUGGACAAGGAGUUGGAGGUGGUGAUGAAGUUCCCUGAUGGGUUUGAGAAGUUCUCACCACCAGUUCUACAACUAGAUGAGGUGGAUUUCUACUAUGAUCCUAAGCAUGUCGUCUUCAGCCGUCUAUCCGUCUCUGCUGAUCUCGAGUCCCGCAUUUGUGUGGUUGGGGAGAAUGGUGCUGGUAAGUCUACCAUGCUGAAGCUGCUUAUGGGGGACCUGGCCCCUGUCCGGGGCAUCAGACAUGCUCACAGGAAUCUGAAGAUUGGCUAUUUCAGCCAGCACCACGUGGAGCAGCUGGACCUGAAUGUCAGUGCCGUGGAACUGCUGGCACGCAAGUUUCCCGGGCGGCCUGAGGAGGAGUAUCGUCACCAGCUGGGCCGGUAUGGCAUCUCUGGAGAACUGGCCGUGCGCCCUGUCGCCAGCUUGUCUGGGGGCCAGAAGAGUCGGGUAGCCUUUGCUCAGAUGACCAUGCCCUGCCCCAACUUCUACAUUCUGGAUGAACCCACAAACCACCUGGAUAUGGAGACGAUUGAGGCUCUGGGCCGUGCUCUCAACAAUUUCAGGGGCGGUGUGAUAUUGGUAUCCCACGAUGAGCGCUUCAUCCGGUUGGUGUGCCGGGAGUUGUGGGUGUGCGAAGGCGGCGGCGUCACCCGGGUCGAGGGGGGGUUUGACCAGUACCGCGCCCUUCUCCAGGAACAGUUCCGCCGUGAGGGCUUCCUUUAGGGUCACCAGGCCGAGGACUGUGCCCAGGAUAUGGACUGGUCUCUCAGACCCCUGGGCCGCGAUAUAGGCAACCAUCUCCAGGCCACGGACUUCCCCCAACUUUGGGGACAGCCUUAUUUCCAAAUCUCCUUUUAACUGGAGCAUCCUCUGCAUAACCCAGGGAGCCCCGUCUAAGUGUCUGUGAGGACUGGUCUUCAAGGGAAGGGGUGGGGGUGCCCUCUGGUUAUAGAUCCCCCCAACUGCCCCAGCUCUGACUGGGCCCCAAGUGGCUGCUGUGUAAAUUAAAUGUCCCCCUGCAUCUCCCUG